AUGUGGUGCCUUGACGUGUUGGUGACCAUCAUCGAGGCCACAGCCGCCCCGCCCGCCCCCACUCAGCCUCCCCCCAACACCGACCAGCCCGACAGACAGGGAGACGCUGCCGCCACCCAGAGGCCCUCUGAGAUGCGACAGUCGGCCAGCCGGCUGGAGACCUUCGCAUUCGAAGAGGUGCAGCUGAGUGCAACGGAGGAACAGCAGCUGGAGCGAAAGCGUCACCCUCUCCCUCCUCGACCUACCGAGCCCCUCACCCUCCCCUCACUCAAGGCCGUCACCGGAGCCGUCCGAGAGCAUCCUGUGCUGGCCGACAGGGGGUGGCGGAUGUCAUCACUCGAGACAGUGGAUCAGGAGGGGUGGGAUGCCUACUCGCUGGGCCGGUUCAUCAGGUCGUCACGGUGUCUGCGGCGCGUGGGCGGCCAUCUGCCGGGUGAGCAGUGGGCCACGGUGUUGGAUCACAUCCCGAUGGCAGACGAGAAGCAGCAGGAGCCGCUCCGGCAGCUGCAGAGCGUCGGCACCAUCGAGCUGGGCGGCAAUCCUCAUGAGGCCCGUGCAGCGGUGGACAGACUGCAGGUACGCAGCCAGUACGAGAUGCACGUGCCAGACGGGUCUUGACGGUGAUCUCACCAUAUGUGUGUGCUGUUGCUGUGUAUAGGCUGCACUCACGUCACGUGGGUGCCGCUGCUCGCUUUCUGAGCUGGUUGUGGCGCUGGACUUUAACGAUAUCGACAGCAGCGUCCUUCCCCUGUUGCAGUCCCUCGCCUCUCUGCACAGCUCGUGCUGCCGACCCGAUGCCGAAAUCGUCUUCGAGGCGACAAGCAUCAGAAGUCUGGACCUGUCGCUGUUCUAUAGCGAGGAUUUUCCCAUCAACCCCUCCCGCCUCUUCAAGAUGGCCAUCCAGACGGCCGCACGGAAGGCAGACGGGGUGAGAUAUGCCAUCAGCCAGCAUGACCUCACCCACCCCGUCGACAACCCCAUAGAGACGGCCAUCGAGAUCGCCAAGACGCUCUCAUUUGACAACGUCACGGCCGUGCGGGUCUGCAAUGCCUUCAGCUCUGUCCCCCCUCCAGGCACCCCCUCUCCCCGCCCCGCCAUCAUCAACCACCUGCAGCCCUUCCCAGGGGCCCGAUCACUCGAUAUUGUCAGCGCUGUGGGCGGUGCUGCAGGUCGGCUGUUGGCCCAGAAGAUGCCCAGGGGUGUGGGGGUGGUGUGGUUCGAGCCACCUGUGAGUGGAGAGGACAGACGGGGCGUGUUGGAAGGGCUGGGGGAAGAGAGAGAGGUGGGCAGAGUUUCUGUGAGCCCAUUUAAUGCGGUGAGCCUCACUGAGGAUCCAUUCGACGGCUGGCGAUCGGACAGCUUCCCAUCGAUUGGCGACAUAAGCAUGGUGUUGUCAGGUAUGCAAUGCAUUGCAGGAGACUGCUGGAUGGCUGAGCGCAUGUGUGUGUGUGUGUGUGUGUUGUCACUCAGUGCCCGACGAUCUGGAGCCCUCUUCUGCUGCCGAGCGUAUCCGCGAUGGCAUGUCAUCCAUCGUGGGCGGCGGCGUGCGGGGCCUGCGGAGUUUGACGGUGCACGUUCGUGGUAACGGGGCCGUUCGCUCUGCCAUUGAGCAGCUGCUCUGCACACACACGUGCACAGAGGUCGGCAGCAACUUCAUCACCACACGCCACAGAGGAUCGACAAUUGAGGUGACUGCAAGGCGCCGCUCUUAAGGAGGUGAGUGGAAGGAGACGGAGCAAUGCAGCCAUUGCGCCUGUGCUGUGUGUGUCUUCCAGGCUGUCUGUCGAGUGCACACAAGAAGACAAAACCGUACGCAGCGUUGCUGCCAACGCUGGUUUGACGCCUGGAUGGAUGGAUGGUUUGCCGCAUCUGCUGUGCGUGUCGCCUGAUGCGGUCCGUCCCCCACACACCCUCGCGUUAUGGGCUAAGCGUGCGUGUGUGGGGUCUUGACUGGGGUCCCUUGACAGAGACAGCUAUUGGGAGAGAGAGGCAGGCAUGCAGGCAGGUGUGUGUGCAUGGGAGAAGUGCUUGGGAGUUCCCAACAUGCAGCGAAAACUGAAUCCUGCCAUCUCGUGUGUGUGUGUGUGUGUGUUUGUGUGUGUGUCUACACGUAGCUGGUGACUGGAUUGAUGGACAGAUAAAUGAAUGGACGCCUUUUGUCGAUUAAUCGAUGCGCACUGC